UAAUCUAAAAUCGUAUCAAGAAAUACCUUUUUUUUUGUUAAAUGACAUCUUUGAUUAUAGUACAUUAUAUGAAAUCAAAAUAUGAAAGUACAUGUUGUAUAGUAUCGUAAUUUACUAUUGAGUACCACUGGUUUUUAAAGAGGAACAAGAGGAAUCGAAUACGUUCCGCUUCUUUCUCCUUAUUCCUCAAAUCACGCAUAUCAUCAAUACGAUUUACCGUGGUUUCAUUUUAUUUACGAUGGAAGAAUUGAUGAAACAUUUGUCUAAAGUAAAAGUACCCCAGAAAAAUGAUAAAAUAUACAAAGACGAGUGUGUUUACUCUUUUGAUACUCCAGAUUCUCCUACAGGCCUGUAUGUUAAUCUUACUACAUUUCUCGGAUUAGGCCAGGAUUAUUUACAACAUUAUUAUCAGUUAACAGAAAAUCCUGUAUUUCUACACAUUAAACGAAGAAGAAAAGAGAUCCCUUCUGAACAUGAAGGUGAUGGACCCGAAAAGAAAAUUACAAGGUUAGCAAUAGGAACAGCUGAUGGUUUUACACCGGACCAACAAAAAUAUACUUACUAUGAAUCUUACCAAAUUGUUAUUUUACCAAAUUUCACAACAAUACCUUAUCCAACAGAUAAUUUAUUGCACGAAGUAGAACUUUCAGUUACGCGUGUGUUAGAAGCAGAAGCUGCAACAAAAGCAGCCGAAGUAGAUGCGUUGUCUGGAACUUGGGAUGGAGAAAUAAGAGCAAUUUCAAAACAUGCAGCGAAUCUUAAACAAUUGGAUAAUGGAAAAAAGAUACCUCCAAGUGGGUGGAAGUGUGAGAAAUGCGACUUGACACAGAAUCUUUGGCUUAAUUUAACUGAUGGCAGUAUUCUCUGUGGACGUAAAUUUUAUGAUGGAACAGGAGGAAAUGAUCAUGCAGUUCAACAUUAUCGUGCUACCGGUUAUCCUUUAGCUGUGAAAUUAGGGACUAUAACUAAAGAAGGGAAGGGAGAUGUGUUUUCAUACGAUGAAGAUGAUAUAGUAGAAGAUCCUUACUUAGUUACGCAUUUAGCUCAUUGGGGUAUCAAUAUUGCCCAAAUGGAGAAAACUGAUAAAUCUAUGGUGGAGCUUGAAUUAGAUCUUAAUCAAAGAUUUGGUGAAUGGGUUGCACUUCAAGAAGCUGCAAGUAAACUAACACCUCUGUAUGGACCUGGAUACACGGGACUUGCUAACUUAGGAAAUUCUUGCUACUUAAAUAGCGUUAUGCAAAUGUUGUUUGUAAUUCCAGACUUUAUAAAAAGAUUUGUAGAUGGAGCACCGCAAAUAUUUCAACAAAGUUACAUUGAUCCAGCAAAUGACUUUGAUGUUCAAAUGGCUAAACUUGGAAUUGGUUUACUUUCUGGCAAAUAUUCAAUACCACCAAGUACAAAUAAUGAAAAUGAAUCGCGUCAAGGUAUUCCUCCGCGGAUGUUCAAAAACUUAAUUUGUCGUGAACAUCCUGGAUUUUCUACCAACGGACAACAGGAUGCACAAGAAUUCUUUCUUCACGUCAUAAAUGUUGUAGAUCGCCACAGCCGUCAUCGGAUGAAUCCCACUGAUUGUUUUAAAUUUAAAGUGGAAGAAAGGUAUCAAUGCAGUCGUUCUAACAAAGUAAAGUAUACUUAUCGCCCGGAAUAUUUACUGCCAUUGUCAAUACCUGUGGAAGCUGCAAUAAACAAAGAUGAAGUUGCGGCCUACGAGAAUGCCAAGAAGGAAGCCGAGUCAAAAGGACAAAAAUUAGAUUCAAAUGCAUUUGUUAGACCUCGUAUAAAGCUCUCCUCUUGCUUACAAGCAUUCGUUCGAUCUGAAAUAGUAGAACAAUUUUACAGUUCAGCACUGAACGAAAAAACUACAGCACAAAAAACAACUAGACUUGCUACUUUUCCGGAUUAUCUAUUAAUACACUUAAAAAAAUUCAUGAUAAGACUAGAUUGGAAACCUAUGAAAUUAGAUAUAGCGGUUGAAAUGCCUGAUAUAUUGGAUUUAAGUUCUCUUCGAGGUUCUGGUUUACAACCUACAGAAGAAUUGUUGCCAGAAACAGAUGGUUCUGAACCUUCUCCGCCGGUUUAUGAUACCGUGAUUUUGGAUCAAUUAAUAGAUAUGGGAUUUCCACCAGAAGCUUGUAAAAGGUCCCUAUAUUUUACAGAGAAUCGUAAUUUAGAAGCAGCUACCAAUUGGUUAAUGGAACAUAUUAUGGAUUCAGAUUUUGCAGAUCCAUUUGUACCACCUGGAAUUGACGCAAAAGCAGGAAAAGAUAGAUUUACGGUAAACGAAGAUGCUCUUGCAAUGGUAAUGGGAAUGGGUUUCACCAGAGAACAAGCAACGAAAGCUCUUAAAGCGACUGACAAUAAUUUAGAACGCGCAGCAGAUUGGAUUUUUAGUCACCAAGCUGAGUUAGAUACUUUAGAAAUUGAAGAUGAAUCAGGGCAUUCCGAAGAAACAUUUAGAGACGGAAGUCAUCAAUAUAAAUUAGUGGGAUUUAUAUCUCAUAUGGGAACAUCAACAAUGGUAGGACAUUAUGUGUGUCAUCUUUUAAAAGAAGGCCGAUGGGUAAUAUACAAUGAUGACAAAGUUGCGUUGUCGGAAAAUCCGCCAAAAGAAUUAGGAUACAUAUAUCUGUAUGAACGCAUCGAUUAGAUCACGUUAUUAUUUUGUAUAAAAAAUGUAUUCUAUUAUACUUUAACAAUAAAAAGUACGUGAAAAACGGA